CCCGGGCCAUGCCAGCCUGGGGGAGGCAGAAGGAGGCCAGAAAGUCAGGUUGAGGGUUCAAAAGGGCCAGGGUGGCUGGCCUCUGGGGACCUGAGGACUUUGUCCUAGGGAGGAAAUGGGGGUCCCCAAAACUACUUACCAGGAUUCGGGGAGUAAUUAAAACUCUUUUACACUGAGGGAACACCCAAAACUCUGGAAGAAAGGAUCCCUGAGGGCUGUGUCUCUCUCCCUGGGCCCUUCAGACCUCAGGCCUAGCAGGGCACUGUCUUUGACUCCUUUUAAACACAUGGUAAGAACUUAUUGUAAUUAGUUAAUGCUUCUUUAACGAUUUUAUUUGUUUAUUUAUUUUUCAUGUUUAUAUUUUGAGAUCAAGAGAGAGCAGGGGAGGGGCAGAGAGAGAAAGACCAAGGAUCAGAAGCAGGCAGCGGGAGCCCAAUGCAGGGUUUGAACUCCUAAACGGUGAGGUCAUCAAAGCCAAUGGUUAGACUGAGCCACUCAGGCGCCCCUAAAGAUUUUAUUUUUAUUUUUAAAAAAGAUUUUAUAUUUUAAGUAAUCUCUACACCCAGUGUGGGGCUUGAACUCACAACCCCAAGAUCGAGAGUCACAUGCUUCACUGACCGAUCCAGCCAGGCACCCCCACCACCGCCAGAACUCAUUUUAAAUACAUGCUUUUUAAACUUAAAAACUGCAGGCCCAGGUAGUAUCUUGGCACCCUGUCCUUUCUUUUUUUUUUUUUUUUUUAAUUUUUUUUUAACGUUUAUUUAUUUUUGAGACAGGGAGAGACAGAGCAUGAACGGGGGAGGGGCAGAGAGAGAGGGAGACACAGAAUCGGAAGCAGGCUCCAGGCUCUGAGCCAUCAGCCCAGAGCCUGACGCGGGGCUCGAACUCAUGGACCGUGAGAUCGUGACCUGAGCUGAAGUCGGACGCUUAACCGACUGAGCCACCCAGGCGCCCCGGCACCCUGUCCUUUCUAAUGAUGAUGGAAAAGCACAGGGAUCCACUUGGGUCCCCUUUUGGAUACCAAGGAGGACUUUGGGAUCCCUUGGGUUCUCCUUGCCCUGUUUCCACACCUGCUUUCUGUUCACUCUAUUGAACUGUGUGUUAUAACAAAACACCACAGCCUGGGUAGUUUAUAAACCACAAAUUUAUUUCUCACGGUUCUGGAGACUGGAAAUCCAAGGUCACGGUGCCACAGACUUCCUGUAUCCUUGAGUGGGGAACUGGGGGACCGGAAGGGAGCUUUCCUGGGCCUCUUUUAGAAGAACACUGAUCCUGGGGUGCCGGGGUGGCUCUGUCGUCGGUUAAGUGUCCGACUUUUUUUUUUUUUUUAAUAUUUGAGAUAGCACAACUGGGGGUGGGACAGAAAAAGAGGGACAGACACAGAAUCCGAAGCAGGCUCUGAGCUGUCAGCACAGAGCCCGAUGUGGGGCUUGAACUCACAAACUGAGAUCAUGACCUGACCUGAAGUUGAAAGCAUCCCACUCUUGAUUUCAGCUCAGGUCAUGAUCUCAUGGUUCCUGGGUUCGAGCCCCAUGCUAACAGGAUAGAGCUUGCUGGGGAUUCUCUCUCUGUGCCCCCCCCCCCCCCAUUGGUGCAUGUGCGAGCUCUCUCUCAAAAUAAAUACGUAAACAUGAACAAAGAAUACUAAUCCCAUUAGUGGAGCCUGCCUGAUCUAAUUGCCUCUCAAAGACCCCGCCUCCUGAUACUAUCACCCUCUGUGUUAGGUUUUCAACGUCUGAACUUGGGAGUGGACACAGACAUCCAGAGCACAGCAAACCGGGGUAAAGCCAGUUGCAAAAUCAGUCGCCAAGAGAAUUCUUGUGUUGUACUUUCUCUAGGUUGGAGUGUCUUCAUAGCUGCUGGAGCAGGAAAGGACAUAAAAGAAAAUCUCCCCAAGGCCUGUUUUCCAAACGAGGAAUUAGGGGUCCAGAGGGGCUAAGGAACUUGUCCAGAGCCAAACGGCCAAGCUGGACUAGGACCCAGGUGGCCCAGCAGCCGAGUGCCCCGUGGUACAGUGUCCCUGUGCAUAGAGAAGGAAUGUCUCACGCAGGAUCCCUCUCCAGGAACGUCUUUUUGAGCACCUUCCUGCAGGAGCAUGGCCCGGAAGUUCUGGACGUUCCUGGCAUGACCGAUCUCGUGGAGUACUAUGAUCCUGGGCCCUCCCCUAACAGCAACAGCCCCGACGAUGUGGCCAUGCGGCUGGCCUUCAUCGGGGAUGAGAUGGAGGUGAGGUGGAUGAUGCCCCGCGUUGGCGAGCUGCCCGGGAUGGCCAUGUACAGCUUGGCCUUCACCUACAACCAGACGGGCCUGAGAGGUGUUCUCAGAAGUCUCGUGGAUGGUCUGGCCAACCUCAGGGAGAACAUACGGAUCUGGGGCUUCCUGACCCUCAGGAACAGGGUGUCCCCCAACUCCGGGCGCGGGCUGGCGCUGUCCCUGCUGCUGCUGGUGUUGCUGCUGGGCUGGGGGCUCCGCCUCCUCCAGUGACUGUCCCCUGCUGCUCAGCGUGGGGGCGGGGCUGGCCUCGCCCCCCUGACCACCACCCUGGAGGUGGCCUCAGUUGGUUUUGUUGUCUUUUUAACUGUUUUCUGAUGAUCCCUUUUUUUUUUUUUUUUAUAUUUAAACUCUGAGUGCUGGGACACUACUGAGGUUUCAUACUAGUUUUUUCUUUUUCUUUUUGUAAGAGAAAUGAAUUCAUUAUACCUCUGGGGCCGUUACUGGGUAACUGCCCGCGCCAAGGCCUGGCUGGGCCUGCUCUCCGGGCCCCACACCGCACAGUGGCCGGUCCUUCCUCUAGCAGGGCGGUCACAGGGCGGGCAACGGGGGGAGUGCUGGCCGCACCCCCGUGUCUGUGAUGCCCGCAGCAAAGAAUCUGCCGGAAUAGAUUUGGGAGGGGUAGGAGAGCUCAAUAAAAUGUUGGUUUCCA